CUCUCGAUCAUUUUCGACAAACAUAACUGCAAACAUUCGUCCAACAUGGCGUCUCUCGGCCGAGUGUGGAGAAUCGGAAGCAAAAUUCUAACGAGAAGUUCAUCCAUUGUUCGUCCCAAUUUAAGGUCAAUUCCAUGCCGAGUGUACAGCUCUACAACUAAGAAAGUUGAACAGUCAGAAUUUAUCAUAGGAAAACAGACAGAGGUCGACCCUGCACGGGUAGAAGAAAUCAUCAGAGAAGGCACCCGUCCUGAAUCGGAUUCAGACGCAUCAGAUCCCACAUAUGUAACACAUGGAUUUCAUGAUGACCCCUACUGGGACACGUAUGCAUAUAGAGUGAUCUUUUUUACAACAAUCUCCAUUGUCAUGGUAUUUGGUCCUGCUUUUGUACACUACAUACCUGAUCCAACUGGAAGGGAAUGGGCAAUGAAGGAAGCACAGAUUGUAUUGGAAGAGAGGAGAGCAGCAGGAGAACCAGUUAUUAAUCCAAACUUCAUCGAUCCUAGUAAAUUGGUCCUACCUGAAGAGGAUCCAGAGCCUCUCCGUACAGCAUAGUUUAAUAGAGUGUGUUUAUUUUGUAAAUUAUAGCAUUGUCUGCGUGCAAGGGUUAGGAACCUAAUGAACUGUUGCAUACACGAUAGAAAAUGUUUCAUCAGACCUGCACAAUGACCACUCACAGUAUUCAUGGCUGUGGUUAUCAAGAAUUUAUGCCCAUCUGGAAGUAAGGUCAUUGCUUAGUAAAGGUGUUCUCAAUUUGAAUGAGGGUGAAUGCAUCAAUAUUCCUGAAAUUGUCCAUGUCAUUUUGGGUGGUUAUCAAGAAUUUAUGCCCGUCUGAAAUUAAGGUCAUUGUUGAGAAAAGGUGAUCUCAAUUUGAAUGAGGGUGAAUCGAUCAAUAUUCCUGAAAUUGUCCAUGUCAUUUUGGGUGGUUAUCAAGAAUUUAUGUCCAUCUGAAAUUAAGGUCAUUGUUGAGAAAAGGUGAUCUUAAUUUGAAUGAGGGUGAAUGCAUCAAUAUUCCUGAAAUUGUCCAUGUCAUUUUGGGUGGUUAUCAAGAAUUUAUGCCCAUCUGAAAUUAAGGUCAUUGUUGAGAAAAGGUGAUCUCAAUUUGAAUGAGGGUGAAUGCAUCAAUAUUCCUGUAAUUGUCCAUCAUUUUGGGUGGUUAUCAAGAAUUUAUGCCCAUGUUGAAUUAAGGUCAUUGCUGAGAAAAGGUGAUCUUAAUUUGAAUGAGGGUGAAUCGAUCAAUAUUUUUGAAACUGUCCAUCUCAUUUUGGGUCCUCAUUUUUCAGUAACAGAUAUUACAUGUUACACCUGAUAUGAAGAACUUCUCACUUCCCGCAUUUCAUAAUGCUUGCUUGAGGGGGUUUGCCAUGAUUUGACGUUAGUUUUACGAGCUGUCAGGCUAAAACAAACCAGUGGAUGUCUUGAAAAAAAUUCUAUUGAGGCCUUCUUUUGCCCCAAGAACUUCAUUCUGCAGAUAUAUUCUUUAAAAACAAUGUAUAUGUAAAGGUUCUUUUCUGUUGGUCAUGUUCUUUUUAAAGUCUUUUGCAAUGUAGCAUUAAGUGUCCACAUUCACUGUUUUAGGAUAUGGAGUCCAUGAUCAAAGUGUUCUUAGUGUUCUUGUUGAUCUGUAGUCUAUUACAUUUCAAAUAAAGAUAAUAAUGAACACCUGCCACCAUAGAA